AUGGACAACUCGCACGUCGCUCUUGUCUCCAUGAUGCUGAAGGCGGAGAUGUUCACACCUUUCCGAUGCGAUCGUAACAUUGCCCUGGGGAUCAACCUCCAGUCCCUCACGAAAGUCCUCAGAGCGGCUCAAAAUGAAGACAUCUUAACACUGAAGGCAGAAGACGCACCUGACGUCGUCAACUUGGUCUUCGAGAGCCCUGACACCGAUCGGUUGAGCGAGUACGAUAUUAAGUUGAUGGACAUCGAUCAAGAGCAUUUGGGUAUUCCUGAUACUGAAUACGCUGCGACCGUCGAGAUGCCUUCGAGCGAGUUUGCCCGCAUCUGCCGAGACCUAAUCGCCAUGUCCGAGUCAGUUGGUAUUGAGGCCACGAAAGAUGGUGUUCGUUUCUCCUGCCAGGGCGAUAUUGGCAAUGGUUCCGUCACUCUCCGCCAGCACACCAAUGUUGAAAAGCCCGACAAUGAUGUGGCCAUUCAGCUUACGGAGCCUGUUUCUCUCACAUUCUCCCUCAAGUACUUGGUCAACUUCUGCAAGGCUAGUGGCCUGGCUGGUCGCGUCAAGUUGUGCUUGUCGCAAGAGGUUCCUUUACUAGUGGAGUACACACUGUCCGGUACCAGCUACCUACGCUUCUACCUCGCUCCCAAGAUUGGAGAAGAUGAGUAG